AUGACAGAACUUUUCCUCCUGGUGUCCGCUUCCAUUGAAGUAAUUUUGCUUGAUGUCUUCCUCAUCUUCAUCGUGAUGGCAACAGGCUUUUUUGGAGCGGUCAUUCCGAGCACAUAUAAGUGGGCGUACUACUUCUACGGGGGCGUCGCAUGUGCCGGUAUUACCAUUUUGCUUACGCACACAGGGUACCGGCUAGCCUCGCUGAAAGGGACAUUAAUGAAGCGGAUGUACAUCUUGUGCGGCAUUGAUAUGGCUAUCCUCUGGUGUGGCUAUGGUAUUUCCUGGGGGUUAAGUGAGGGAGGCAAUGUUAUUUCUCCCAACGGAGAAGGUCUCUUCUACGGAAUUCUGGAUCUCCUAGGAGGUCCUGUGUACGGCAUCCUCCUAAUAGUGACCGUUUAUCGGUGCCUGUGUGGAAUUGAUGAUUGA